CCUAUUGGUUUGAAUGAUCUGCCCCCCUGAAGUUUAUUUUAAAUUUAAAUUCAAAUCUUUACGAUCCCGGGAUUAAGGCCAGUAGGUACUAACCUUAGUCUCCAUAGCCGCAUUACCUAGGUACCUUACGUACGGUUUACAAUACGAUACGUAACACCGUACAAUUGAACAGAACCAACUUGGAACUUACAGAUCUGCGGGUAGCUGAAACUUUGAUUUCUCUCUCUUUUUUUUUUUAACUUUUCUCAUACUGGUUUAAGGAAAUAACUAAACUAAACUAAACCAAAAUAAAAUGAAAUGAAAUAAAAUAACAUGGGAUACUGACUUUUUGUUUCCCAAUGUCUUUACUCGUCUCGUCAGCACGCCGACUUUCCUAUCCCGUCCUCAUCGCUGCAAGCGCCCUCUUGCUUGUUUCAGUAUACCUUCUUUCCACGCGGGGACACGGCGUACCGUAUCUCAACACCUCUGGAAGCACUACAACCCCACAACACGAAUUAGCGGAUAUCGACGAUACUCGCAACAAUACUCUUGGCUUCCAAAAGAUAUUUGUCAUCGGCCUUCCCUCCCGCACAGAUCGCCGCGAUGGGAUAAUACUUCAGACGGCCUUAAGUAACCUCGAAUUUGAGUUUAUAGACGGCGUGGAUGGCAAAGAUAUACCUGACAAGGCUAUCCCGACCAGCCAUGAACUUCAACGUUUAGACAAUCCCACCUUGGGAGCCUGGCGGGCGCACAUUAACGCAAUUCAAGAGGUCGUCCGAAGAAAUCUAUCCUCGGCAUUGAUCAUGGAAGAUGACGCCGACUGGGAUGUUAGGAUCAGAGAGCAGAUGCGCGACUUCGCGCUAUCAGCCCACGCUUUGACCCAGCCGUUAAAAGGCUCGUCAAACAAGUUUUCCGACCCGACGUUCCCCGAAGCCGCGCAUGGUCCCGAGGCCGUCCCGGAUCUUACCUUCGGCAAGUUACCCGCCACGGACGCGCCGAGGAAUUCUCCGUACGGCGAUAACUGGGACGUGCUGUGGCUCGGCCACUGCGGGAUGCACUUCCCGUUCCCCGACAAGGAGAUCGUGCCGAAAGGCCGCGUCGUGCGCCCCGACGACGUCACCGUCCCCCAGCACAAGCAUCUAUGGUCCAUCUACGAGCCGAGCGACCUGAGACAGCAGUACCCGAGCCACACGAGGGUCGUGCACCACGUCCAGGAUGGCGUCUGCUCGUUAGCGUACGCGGUCACGCAAAAGGGCGCGCGGAAGCUCCUGUACGAGCUCGGGCUGAAAGAUAUGACCUCGGCGUUCGACAUCGAGCUCAGGUGGUUCUGCGAAGGGACCGGGGAGCCUAGUCGAGGCCGCCAUAACUGCCUCACCGUGGAGCCAUCGCUGUUCCAGAUCCAUCUCCCCGCGGGCCCGAAGAAGAGCAACAGCGAUAUCUCGGAUCACGGCGAGGGUCUUCAGGAGAAGAUGACUAAGGUGCUGAGGUAUAGCGUGAGGAUGAAUGCAGAGGCGUUGAUGGAUGGAAGGUUAGACAAACUUGUGGAUCAGUGGCCGGAUUCUUGAGCUCAUCGGAUUGUUUUGAACAAAGCUUAAGAGGUUAUCUCGCUAAGUGAGCUACGAGCCAAUCUACGUAUGAUGUCGCGAGGGUAGACUGGAAUCAGGGAGGCUACGCAUCCGCUGAUCCGACGAAGAUCGGGGUUGUC